UGGCAACAGCGGGACAGACGAGGCAGCGACUCAGAGCAUCAGUUGCUGGGAAGCAGCAAUAUUGAGGCCAUGCACCGGAGACACACGACCCUCAGAGAGAAGGGCAGGAGACAGGCGAUCCGAGGCCCAGCCUACAUGUUCAACGAGCGGGGAACGAGCCUAACCCCUGAGGAGGAGCGCUUCCUGGACGCGGCGGAAUAUGGGAAUAUCCCUGUGGUGCGUAAGAUGUUGGAGGAGUCCAAGACCUUGAACUUUAACUGCGUCGAUUACAUGGGGCAGAAUGCUUUGCAGCUGGCGGUGGGCAACGAACACCUAGAAGUGACCGAGCUCCUCUUGAAGAAAGAGCACCUGGCCCGUAUUGGAGACGGGCUCUUGCUGGCCAUCAGCAAAGGCUACGUGAGGAUCGUGGAAGCGAUUCUCAAUCACUCGGCCUUCGCCCAGGGCCACCGGCUAGCCAUCAGCCCCCUGGAACAGGAGCUUCGAGACGACGACUUCUACGCUUACGAUGAGGACGGGACGCGAUUCUCCCACGACAUCACCCCCGUCAUUCUGGCCUCGCACUGCCAGGAGUACGAGAUAGUCCACAUACUCCUGCUGAAAGGGGCGCGGAUCGAGAAACCGCACGACUACUUCUGCAAGUGCAGCGAGUGCUCGGAGAAGCAGAAGCGAGAUUCCUUCAGCCAUUCCCGUUCCAGGAUGAACGCGUACAAGGGCUUAGCGAGCGCAGCCUACCUCUCUCUGUCCAGUGAAGACCCAGUUCUAACAGCGCUGGAACUAAGUAAUGAGCUGGCCAGAUUGGCCAACAUCGAAACAGAAUUUAAGAAUGAUUACAGGAAGUUAUCUAUGCAAUGCAAAGACUUUGCUGUGGGCGUGCUGGACUUGUGCCGGGACACAGAAGAAGUGGAGGCCAUUCUGAACGGAGACGUAGAUUCCAUGCCUCAAGGAGAUAGGCCGUGUCUGAGCCGGGUGAAGCUGGCCAUUAAGUAUGAAGUCAAAAAGUUUGUUGCCCAUCCUAACUGCCAGCAGCAAUUGCUUACAAUUUGGUAUGAAAAUCUCUCAGGCUUACGUCAGCAGUCAAUCGCUGUGAAGUGUCUGACUGUGUUUGGCAUCACCGUGGGCCUCCCGUUCCUUGCCAUUGGCUACUGGAUUGCACCGUGCAGCAAGUUGGGACAGAUAUUGAGAAGCCCUUUUAUGAAGUUUGUGGCACAUGCGGUCUCGUUCACCAUCUUUCUAGGAUUACUGGUGAUAAAUGCAUCAGACAGAUUUGAAGGCAUCAAGCAUUUACCCAACGAAACUGUCACAGAUUACCCGAGACAGAUCUUCAGGGUCAAAACAACAACCUUUACAUGGACUGAAAUGUUAAUAAUGAAGUGGAUACUGGGCAUGAUAUGGACAGAAUGCAAAGAAAUGUGGAUGGAAGGUCCCAAGGAAUAUGUCAUGCACCUGUGGAACAUUUUAGAUUUUGGGAUGCUGUCUAUAUUCGUUGCCUCGUUCACAGCAAGGUUGAUGGCAUUUCUAAAGGCUUCAGAAGCACAGCGCUAUGUGGAUACCUAUGUAAACGCCACUGAUCUCUCCAAAGCAUUACUGCCUCCACACAUUGCAUACUUCACUUACGCUAGGAACAAAUGGUUUCCAUCAGAUCCGCAAAUCAUUUCGGAAGGGCUUUACGCAAUAGCUGUUGUGCUAAGUUUCUCCCGAAUUGCGUACAUUCUGCCCGCAAACGAAAGCUUUGGUCCUCUGCAGAUCUCCCUUGGAAGGACGGUGAAAGACAUUUUCAAGUUUAUGGUCAUUUUCAUUAUGGUCUUUGUUGCUUUCAUGAUUGGAAUGUUCAAUCUGUAUUCCUACUAUCUGGGAGCGAAGUUCAACCCAGCCUUUACAACUGUGGAGGAGAGUUUCAAAACCUUAUUCUGGUCAAUAUUUGGCUUGUCAGAAGUGAUAUCGGUUGUUCUCAAGUAUGAUCACAAGUUCAUUGAGAAUAUCGGGUACAUUCUGUAUGGGGUGUACAACGUUACAAUGGUAGUGGUCCUGCUUAACAUGUUAAUCGCCAUGAUCAACAGCUCAUAUCAGGAAAUUGAGGAGGACGCAGAUGUUGAGUGGAAGUUUGCUCGAGCAAAGCUCUGGUUGUCUUACUUUGAUGAAGGGAGAACGUUGCCUGCUCCAUUUAACCUGGUGCCAAGCCCCAAAUCGGCUUAUUACUGCGGACUGAAAAUAAAACAGUGCCUGAUACACCUGUGCAAAACCAAGGUGCAGAAGUCUGAGAGCGAUCUAGAAAUGGGCAUGUUAAAUUCAAAGCAACGUCAUCGUUGUCAGUGCAAUCCCAGAGGUUCGGAAGGUUUGGGGACAAGAAAACCCAUUAGCAAUCCAACAAGAUAUCAGGAAACCCGAAGUGCGACGUGGGCUAGUGGGCCGGCUACUAAAUAUGUUUUCUGUAACAUUUUCCAGAGGAUUAUGAAACGAUUGAUAAAGCGCUAUGUGCUGAAAGCACAAGUUGACAGGGAAAGUGAUGAAGUCAACGAAGGGGAACUCAAAGAAAUCAAGCAGGAUAUUUCUAGUCUCCGCUAUGAGCUUCUGGAGGAGAAGUCGCAAACGACAGGGGAGUUAGCGCAACUCAUUCAGCAACUCAGUGACAAGUUUGGCAAGAACAUGAAAAAGUAGCUGUGACCAGAGGAGCAGGAACUGAAGCUCAUCAAAACAGCUGCCGCGUACUUUUAAAGAAAUUGAAUGUUUUAGCAAAAAAAAAAAAGCUGUCUGCAGAAAAAGCGUGGAAAGGGCUUAUUGUACCCUCCAAGAGUUCGGGGCGGGCACUUUGUUUGCUUGUGCCGCGUUACAGGGUUCAGGCAUUCAAAAAAGGAGAGGGGAGGAAAAGAGAGAGAGACAGCAACAGAAGGCAGGAUGCUACAAAGACUGAAGUGAGUGGAAUUGGAAUCAGUGGCACAUUCAGUUGAGAUUUGCAACUAUUGGAGAAUUGCAGGUAAUGUCCACGUAGAACAGGCUUCUCAAUAGCUGAAGUCAAUGAAGGCAAGUAAUGUUAAAUCCCAUGUUAUAGAGCGACCCCCGUUGCCCCAUAACACGUAGGUCUCUUGCUCAAUAACACACGACUUGCUCAGUACAACUUGAUAACCCAAGUUAGCUGCCAAUCAUUAUAUUUCAUCAGUUUUUUUUUUGACAUACUCAGAACCUCCGUAUUAGAAACACUAGGAACCUGCAGUAGUGAGACAACUGAUACCUAGGGUUUUUGUGGCGUAUCUGGUCAGAUAGACGGACAGACAGACAGUUUUUGUGUAGACGGUCUGUCCAGCGAUGUAUACAUGUUAAAGUAGACACAAAAAGUCGUACAAGUCUUUAAAAUACAAGUCUGCUCCCCCUCUCCCCCAGCUCCCACUCUGCACUUAUCCUGCUCUCUAUUCAAUUUUCAACUGGGCAAAAAUGUUGUAACCCUUCACUCGUAGUUCCCUCACUUUAAUUUUCUUUUUUGAUAGCUUGUGACGAGCUCAAUCUUUUUCAAUCAGCUUUUAUUGGAAACAUUGCACUUCUCUUUGACUUUGCAUCAUCCUGUGCUGUUCAACACUCACGGUGAACAGCUGCUAAGUAAUUAAUUAGUCCGUUCUCCCAGAAUUACAGUGAAAAUAAGAGUAUGUGAGCUAGAAGAUACUGGAUAAGUUUGAACACUCAAACACAAGGAUUAUUAUUAUUAUUAACACAACAGACUUGACGGCUCUUUUCAGCUUCACAGCCAUUUCAGUAGGUGCCUCAAAUACAAAAUCUGUAUAGGUUGUUAGGACAAGUAGUUCAGAAAACAUCGUUUGAAUACUGUUUUUCCACCUAUUUACAACUGUUUAAUGUUGAACAGUCUCAUGUAUAUUGUAUCAUUUUAAAACAGAAUAAAAAAUCGU